GUCACUAAAUCUUUAUAAAAAAUUUUGACAUUUUUACUUUUUUUUCUUUAUUUUUUAUAUAUAUAUCAUGUCUGAAAAAGAAGAAGCCAAACUCCCUAGAAAAAGAUUCUAUCGUCAACGUGCUCACGCAAACCCUUUUUCUGACCACCAGUUGGAAUAUCCUGCUGAACCUAAGUUAAUGGAUUGGAGCCGUCAUUAUCCUCAAUACUAUCCCGUUAAAGAAGGUGAAGAACAAAAGAAGGUUGAAUUUGCAGAUAUUGGUUGUGGUUAUGGUGGUCUUUUGAUUGCUUUGGCCCCUCUUUUUCCCGAGAAAUUGAUGCUUGGUAUGGAGAUUCGUACUAAAGUCGAGGAUUAUGUCUAUGAGCGUAUCAAGGCUUUGCGUGUUCAAAAGCCUGGCGAUUAUCAAAAUGUUUCCAUCAUGCGUAUGAAUGCUAUGAAAUUCAUGCCCAAUUUCUUUGAAAAGGCACAACUCUCCAAAAUCUUUUUCUUGUUCCCUGAUCCUCAUUUCAAGCAAAGAAAGCACAAGGCUAGAAUUAUUAGUCCUACACUUUUAGCUGAAUAUGCUUACGCUCUUCGUGUGGGCGGUAUUUUGUACACAAUUACAGAUGUCAAAGAUUUACAUAUUUGGAUGGUCAAGCAUUUAGACGAACAUCCUUUAUUUGAAAGAUUAACUGAUGAAGAAUGCGAAAAUGAUCCCUGUGUUCCUCAUGUUCGUACUGCUACUGAAGAAGGUAAAAAGGUUGAAAGAAAUCAAGGUGAUAAAUACCUUGCCUGUUACCGUCGUAUUGAAGAUCCUUUCUAUGCCAAAUAAUUUGUAUAUAAAUUACUUUUUUUCUCUCUAUA